CAAUGUAGCGCUGGGUGAGUCCGCUGCGGAGGCGGCCGCCGUGGGGCGCCUGGGUCGGGGGCUCUGCUGCUGCCGGGGGUCCCGGGGCGGGUCCGGCCGCUCCCCGCUCUGCUCCCGCGGCCCUGGGAAGGCUGUGUGAAGCCCUCCCUGGGCAGCCGGGCAGCAUGGCACUGGGGGGCUUCAAGGGCUCCUGGCUGGCCUUCCACGUGGGCAUCGUGACCGGCUUCAUCAGCACCUUCUACCUGCUCAACGGCCUGCUCUGGCCGCGGCCCCCGGGCCUCGAGAGCCAGACGCCCGACCCUGACGUCUGGGUCGUGCAGCACCCGGCGCUCCUCAGCGCUGGCCACCCGCACCUCUCAGGGGAGGUCAGCACGACUGCGGCCGAGCUGUACAACAAGGUGCGGAUCCUGUGCUGGGUCAUGACGGGACCCAGCAACCUGGAGACCAAGGCCCGGCACGUCCAGGCCACGUGGACGCGGCACUGCAACGUGGUGCUGUUCAUGAGCUCGGUGCGGGACGACGGCUUCCCCACCGUGGGGCUGGACACCAAGGAAGGCCGGGACCAGCUGUACUGGAAAACCAUCCGGGCCUUCCAGUACGUCCACCGGCACCACCUGGAGCAGGCCGACUGGUUCCUCAAGGCGGACGAUGACACCUUCGUGGUGCUGGACAACCUGCGCUGGCUGCUGGCCAACCACACGCCCGAGGAGCCCGUCUACUUCGGGAAGCGCUUCAAGCCCUUCGCCAAGCAGGGCUACAUGAGCGGCGGGGCCGGCUACGUCCUCAGCAAGGAGGCCCUGAGGCGCUUCGUGGAGGGCUUCAGGACCCAGGUGUGCGCCCACACCUCCUCGGUGGAGGACCUGGCGCUGGGCCAGUGCAUGGAGAAGAUGGGGGUGCGGGCGGGGGACUCCCGGGACGCCGCUGGGCGAGAGACUUUCCACCCCUUUGGGCCCGAAUCCCACCUCACCGGGAAGUUCUCCAAGAGCUUCUGGUACUGGAAUUACUGCUACUAUCCCAUCGUGGAGGGCCCCCAGUGCUGCUCCGACCUGGCCGUCUCCUUCCACUACGUGAGCCCCGAGCUUAUGUACACACUGGAGUUCCUGACCUACCACCUGCGUGCCUACGGCUACCGCUACCGCUACCAGCCGCCCCUGCCGGAGAACGCCGCUCGCCUGCUGCAGCGGCAGGCCCGGCCGAAGGCGGCCAACGCCACGCUGCUGGUGCAGGGCACCAAGACGCUGUAGUGGGGCUGGGAGGAGGCGGUCGGUCCGGGAUCGGGCUCUGUGCCUGACGUGGGGCUGGCCCCCUGGGCGAGCCGUGGCCAGGAGCCACGUGGCAGCCCCUGUACUGGCUGAGAGAGGGGCUGUCUCGGUCUAGCUGCACUAACUGCCCCCCUCGCCGGUAGAGGGGCAGAGGGACCACCCCAUAGAGGGUCCCCUCCAGGGCAGGGGGAGGCCUGGGGGGAGGGGUUCAGCCUCCUGGCCCGUGUCUCCGGUGCCACGCUCCUGCCCUGGCCCCCUCCAACAGACCCGAUCCCUAGGAGGUGCCCGGAGCCCAGCCGGUGGUGACUUGGGGGAAGGGGAGGCUGGAGCUACAUUUGGUGGUGAGGGAGGGUCCUCGCUGCCUCCCCUCCCCCCACCGUCAAUAGGGCAGGGUCACAAGGCACAGGGGAGAUGAGGCAGGUGGCCACUGAGGGGCCUUUGGGGCUCUGUCUGAUGGGUGCUUCCAGGAGGGGGCGAGUCUGGCUCAGUCCAUGGAAGGCUUUAUAAUGGGGGCAGCAGCCAUCUCCCCCCCCCCCCUGCUGCCCAGGGGGGCCUGAAGGGUGUGAGGUCUGCGGAAGGCACAUGGGGGGGAAGGAAGUGGGGGGCCCUGAGGCUGAUCAGCGCCAGGCAGGACAGGUUCCCUGCACCCACUUUGUGGCUGGGGUCAGAAUCCAGAAUCUGGGUGUUUGCUCUGGUCCCCCCCCGCCCUGGGCUGAGAUGUUUGCACAGCAGGGCCUGAGCUGGAUGCUUCUUGGCCAGGGGCCUGGGCCCGGUGCUGGGUGCCAGCCGGAGCAGGGCCGCCUUCGCGCCAGAGAUGAACCCCUUCCCUCCCAGAGCCGAGUCCCCCUGCGCUCUGCAAUGUGGGGAGGACGUCAUGGCCCGAAUGCAGCUGGCUCUGUGGGACGCACGCCACAGGCGUUAUGAAAAGGUGAGGGUGACUAUGAGGUCACUGGAAUACGCUUUAUGCAUAAGGUCUCUGGUAAGGUAUCAUUACGAAGCUGAUGUCAUGGACUCCCAGGAGGUGCCCACUCUUGGCCCCGUGCGGUCCGUGGGGGGGAACCCCCUUCAGUGACACAGCUCACUCGCUCUGCACCCCCAGGGCCUCCACUCCCAGAGGGAAUAACGCCCCCUGAUCUCUAGACCGGAGCGACUCUCAGCCAGCGUAACACAGGAGGGGUUAUUGAGCAUCUGAACACAGCACAGGAAACUCUUCAGGCCUGGCCUCCCCCGGCACAGCACAUCCCAGUCUCCCCUGAAUCCAGGUGGGCUCUGCCUGCUCCCUCUCUCCAGCCCAGAACCCCCCUGCUUCCCAGCUGGGCAUCUGAGAUCACCGGCCCCAGGCACCGCCCCUGUCCAUUGGCUUCUCUCCAGGUAAACCGGGUCGCCUGGGCCUCGUCUCCCCUCUUCUGUCCUCUGGGCCCUCUGGCUGGAACCGGCUGGUUAGGUCACCAGGGGUCCUCUCUCUGCAGCCCAUUGUCCUCCCACUGGCCAGAACCGGCUGCGACUCCUGAGCUGGGUCCUCAGGCCGUCAGGUCACCAGUCGCUGGGGUCUCCAUCCUCCAGGCUAUCGGUCGGGGUCCCAAGUUCCCUCGCCGGUUCUCUGUAACAACAGACUCCCUCUCGCAUCACCUGGUUAAACCAGUAACCCCCAGGGAAACUGAGUCCCACCCUCUCUGCAUGCAAACCAUUGGAAAACCAAGAAAAUCCCCCACUACGUCACAGCUUAGAAGAAGAAGUUAUAAACUUGCAUUACUGAUGUAAACAUAUUACGUGGAAGCCAUUCCGGAUGCUUCUCUAAAUGGCUCUGUUUACUUGCAAACCUUCCUGUGUCUGUGUGGGUCAGCCCAGGAACUGUGGGGGUCUCAGGUUAUGUGACCAUGUCACGUGAUAUUAAAAUCCCCCAUAAAUCUGGUACUUCUACAUUGAGAAGGAAGGGUGGGGACCGAGAGAGUCCUGCCUUGUGCCAAAGCUAUGAAAGCGGGUGGAGCAGAGCAAAGGAGGCCAGUGGUGAGAAACCCCCUGCUUACCACCUGAGAUGCUGCUGGAACUAACAAGGCCUGUCCCGCGGAAAGGAUUGGGCCCAGACAAGGCAGGAGUCUAGUCUGUGAAAGAAGCUUAGUGGAACAUCC